AUGUAAACAAAAUAGAAGAGCAAUUCUGGUGAUCCUGAAAAUUUUGUCACUCCUGGCGUAUACUAUGAUCAUUAGAAAAGAAAUGUAAGUUAAGAGUUCUUGCAAGACCCUCCUAGUUAUAAUUAAAUCUAGCAACAACAGGCAAUUUAAAAUCGAAACUAGCAACAACAGAGAUAACCUUUAUAGUAUUAGUAAAACUAACAGCAACCGCUAUUUGAUUCUUCAAUAUUUGGACAAGAUAACCCAAAUCUACCUCAGUUUAAUCAGCAAAAUAAUUAGCGGUACCAACAAUAGUAUCAAGAUCAACAGCAAUAUCAUCUCCCAAAUCAAUUUUAAUAACAACAAUAGCAGCGAGAUUCUAGGCAAAAUAUGAACCACAAUCAAUUCUAAAGACAUGAUCCUUUGAUGGACAUGAAUGCAGCAUAAGAUGUAAAUUAUCGCAGGAAUGAUAAGCAACUCAAUGAAUAUCUUUAAGAAGAGGUAAAGAUGGUAAAGUAACCUAAGACAAAAAUAAUGAUGACAAAUGAAUUAACAACAAAUUAAGGUAAUACUUAAGAUUUAAACUUUGAUUCUUUUGAAGAUUAAAACUAGAAUAUUGAAUAUGGAUCAAAAACUGAAAGAUUGAUCUUAGAUUAAAUUAAUGAUUUAACAAUUUAAUCCUCUCAAACUAUAGAAGAAGAUGAUGAAACUAGAAUUGUAAAAAAUGAAGCAGAAAGCAUAAGUUCACAACUAAUUCUUUCUUCUAUUCCUUUGAAGUUAGGUGUAUACAUGAAAAGGAAUGCUUAAAAACCAUUAUUAUGGACAGGUGCAUCAAUGAUUGAAAAAAAAGAGUAUUAUAAUAUUGUAAAAAACUACAUCAUAUAUUACUAGAUGUUUUUCAAUGAAAAUAGAAAAGAAAGAAUGACAUUUGUUCAGAUAAUUUCCUGUCGCAAAAUGCCAUAGAUUAAUGCUUAAACUAAAAUAGUUGACUGGUUAAAGCUAUUCGCUAAAUCAAAUGAUGUUUUUGGAGGCUAUAGUUAUAAUUUGAAGAAAAAGAGAUUGUCCUGUAUUUUAGUGAUGUCCUUCAAGAAUUAUUAGGAUUUAAGAAAGUUGCAAGAAAGCGAUGGUAAAAUCGCUGAAUUCGACCUUAGAGAUCUCAAUCUAGAUAUUUAUAAUGAUGACCAAGUGCUCAAAGAGUGGGAAGCCUCUGAAGAAUUUAUAUUUUGA